AUGGAUGUGUGGUCCCUGGGGAAGCGGAUGGGAUCAUGGGGCUGUGGCUGCAGCUCGAACCCUGAGGAUGACUGGAUCGAGAACAUUGAUGUGUGUGAAAACUGCCAUUACCCCAUAGUCCCGCUGGACAGCAAGACUACGCUGCCCAUCCGGAAUGGCUCUGAAGUUCGCGACCCGCUGGUCACCUAUGAGGGCUCUCUCCCACCAGCCUCUCCACUGCAAGACAACCUGGUUAUCGCCCUGCACAGCUAUGAGCCCUCCCACGAUGGAGACCUUGGCUUUGAGAAGGGUGAACAGCUCCGGAUCCUGGAACAGAGCGGUGAGUGGUGGAAGGCUCAGUCUCUGACCACCGGCCAAGAAGGCUUCAUCCCCUUCAACUUCGUGGCCAAAGCAAACAGCCUGGAGCCUGAACCCUGGUUCUUCAAGAAUCUGAGCCGUAAGGACGCAGAGCGGCAGCUUUUGGCUCCGGGGAACACCCACGGAUCCUUCCUGAUUCGGGAAAGCGAAAGCACAGCAGGAUCCUUUUCACUGUCGGUCAGAGACUUCGACCAGAACCAGGGAGAAGUAGUGAAACAUUAUAAGAUCCGUAACCUAGACAACGGUGGCUUCUACAUCUCCCCUCGGAUUACUUUUCCCGGACUACACGAGCUGGUCCACCAUUACACCAAAGCGUCGGAUGGGUUAUGCACGAAGCUGAGCCGCCCUUGCCAGACCCAGAAGCCCCAGAAACCUUGGUGGGAGGAUGAGUGGGAGGUUCCCAGGGAGACGCUGAAGUUGGUUGAGCGCCUGGGAGCUGGCCAGUUUGGGGAAGUGUGGAUGGGGUACUACAACGGGCACACGAAGGUGGCAGUGAAGAGCCUGAAGCAAGGGAGCAUGUCCCCAGAUGCCUUCCUAGCUGAAGCUAACCUCAUGAAGCAGCUGCAGCACCCGCGGCUGGUCCGGCUCUACGCCGUGGUUACUCAGGAACCCAUCUACAUCAUCACAGAGUACAUGGAGAACGGGAGCCUAGUAGAUUUCCUGAAGACACCCUCCGGCAUCAAGUUGAAUGUCAACAAACUUUUGGACAUGGCAGCUCAGAUUGCCGAGGGCAUGGCAUUCAUCGAAGACCAGAAUUACAUCCAUCGUGACUUGCGGGCUGCCAACAUCCUGGUGUCUGACACGCUGAGCUGCAAGAUUGCAGACUUUGGCCUGGCGCGCCUCAUUGAAGACAAUGAGUACACAGCCAGGGAGGGGGCCAAAUUUCCCAUUAAGUGGACGGCUCCAGAAGCCAUUAACUAUGGGACCUUCACCAUCAAGUCCGAUGUGUGGUCUUUUGGGAUCCUGCUGACAGAGAUUGUCACCCACGGUCGCAUCCCUUACCCAGGGAUGACCAACCCCGAAGUGAUUCAGAACCUGGAGCGAGGCUACCGCAUGGUGCGGCCUGACAACUGUCCAGAGGAGCUGUACAACCUCAUGAUGCUAUGCUGGAAGGAGCGGCCAGAGGAGCGGCCCACGUUUGACUACUUGCGAAGUGUCCUGGAUGACUUCUUCACGGCCACAGAGGGCCAGUACCAGCCGCAGCCCUGACAGGCCUCGAGGUCCUGAGACCCUUUCCCAUCCCGUUGUCCUGGCUGGGGCAGGUGAGGUCCUUGUGCCGUAUCCAUGUGGCCUGUGCACACAUGGACUCUCACUCCGCAUGUGAAGCCCUGUGCUUGUGCCACACGUAAUACAGUUUUGGCCUUGUACACACGUCUGUAGUUGUGUGGGCUCUAGACAUGUGUCUUAUUCCCAUGGAACAUGUGAGCCUACGUCUUGGAUACCACCUGAGGUAUU